GAAUCUGUUAGACAGUACAGUCUUCAUCACCUCCCAACUGACAAUACAACAACCGAUCCAGUCAUAAUGACUUCCCCUGUGACUUUCUUGCUCGUAGCAACCCUUGCAGUAGCUUUAGCUGCUCCCUCUGGCCUCUGGGCUGGUCAUGGAGUCGCUCUUGGAGGUCCAGUUCUUGGGCCUUCCGCUCUCGCUGGCCCAAUUCUUGGACCAACAUCUCAGGCAGGACCUCAAGUUGGACCUGCAAAAAUUUCUGGUGCUGUUGAUGGUGGCGCUGUGGUCACUGGAUCCGUUCAAGGCCCAUCUGUCGUUUCCGGCAGUGUAACUGGUGGAACUGCAGUUACUGGCUGGGGUGCACCUUGGGGUGCUGUGGGUACAGGUCUUGGUCAUGGAGGUUGGGGAGCUCCCUGGGGAGUAGGUCUCGGAGGACCAGUUGUUGUUGCUGGACCAGCUGGCCAUAUCACCUCCGGGCUUGGAGGACACUGGUAAAUGUAAUUCAUCAAGGGCCUCGACUGAUUUUCUCGACCACUGCGACCUCAUGAUAUAUAUUCACGACGCCAUGAUCUCCAUUUCGUUACUGUUACUCUACCUCCCAAAGCAAAUUUGAUGCGUAGUUUUGUAUGCAUAUAAAAAAGGUUGAAUUAGACCUGUUUUGAUAAUAAAGAGCAUUUUCCAUGA